AGUGCCCAAGAGUUAGCUGGACUCGGCUUUGGAGGGGAGGGGAGGGGAGGGGGAGAAUCUAAAGGCUGUUCAAUUCGCCAGAGGAUUUUUUUCUUUGCACAUAACUGGAAGUUGUUGGCUCUCGCCAGCGGGUUGGCGAGGACGCCCCCCACGGGAAUGUAGUUGCGUUCAGGCAGUUACCUGGAAGAGCCAGGGCUGCUCUGACACAGAGAGAGCGAGAGAGAGAAUCGAGAAUGCUCAAUGAUUCCUGAGCUGCGCCUGGCUGGAAGACGGAGCCGCUCUUCGCCCUGGAGGUAGGGGGUGGGGGGGGGGGGGCGAGACUUUGCAACUUGCCCACCCCGCCCAGGGAGGAAUGGGGACCCUGCGGGACCUGCAAUACGCCCUCCAGGAGAAGAUCGAGGAGCUGAGGCAGAGGGACGCCCUGAUCGACGAGCUGGAGCUGGAGCUGGACCACAAGGACGAGCUGAUCCAGAAGCUGCAGACCGAGCUGGACAAGUACCGCUCGGUCCUGCGGCCGGCCGCUCCUCCAGCCAGCCAGAGCGAGCCCAGCAGCAUCCAACUGCAGGAGCAGCAGAGGACCAAGAGGCAGGCUAUCUCGGCAGAGCCCACCGCUUUGGACAUCCAGGACAUCAGCCACGUCACCCUGUCUUGCUAUUCCAAGAGUGCACAGUCAAAGGAGCUGAUCAAGGAUGCCAUUUUGGAGAAUGACUUCAUGAAGAACUUAGAGAUGUCUCAGAUUCAGGAGAUUGUGGAUUGCAUGUACCCGGUGGAGUACAGCCAAGGCAGCUGUGUUAUUGAGGAGGGAGAUGUGGGCUCACUGGUGUACGUCAUGGAAGAGGGAAAGGUGGAGGUGACGAAAGAAAAUGUGAAGCUGUGCACAAUGACACCAGGGAGAGUGUUCGGAGAGCUGGCCAUCUUGUACAACUGCACCAGGACAGCCACAGUCAAAGCCCUCACUAACAUCAAGCUCUGGGCCAUCGAUCGACAAUGUUUCCAAACAAUUAUGAUGCGAACAGGGUUGAUUAAACACGCUGAGCAUAUGGAGCUUCUCAAAAGUGUCCCCUCCUUUCGUAAUCUUCAGGAGGAAGUUCUGAGCAAAUUCGCUGAUGUGCUCGAGGAGACUCAUUACAAAGAGGGAGACUACAUUGUCAGGCAGGGAGCCAGUGGAGACACUUGCUUUAUCAUCAGCAAGGGCAAGGUGACUGUAACACAAGAUGAAUCAAAAUCUGGCGAUACAGUGCUCCCCACUACCCUGUCCAGGGGAGACUGGUUUGGAGAGAAGGCUCUACAUGGAGAAGACAUCAGGUUGGCCAAUGUGAUUGCAGCGGAGGAUGUGAUCUGCCUGGUGAUUGACCAAGACUCAUUCCGACAGAUUAUUGGAAGCUUGGAAGAUGUCUCCAGUCAAGAACAUGAGAGUGCAGAGAGGCAGGAACAAUUUGAGGCAGAAGCCACAUUCUUUGCCAGCUUGGAGCGAACAGAUUUCCAUGUCCAUCAGACACUUGGAGUUGGAGGAUUUGGUCGUGUUGAGUUGGUGCAGCUGAAGAAUGAAGAGAACCGGACGUUUGCGAUGAAGAUUCUGAAGAAACACCACAUUGUGGAGACGCGGCAGCAGGAGCACAUUCGCUCAGAGAGGCAGAUCAUGCAGGAGGCUCACUGUGAUUUUAUAGUCAGGUUGUAUCGGACAUUCCGAGACCGUAAGUAUCUUUACAUGCUGAUGGAGGCCUGCCUUGGUGGUGAACUGUGGACCAUCCUGAGAGACAGGGGCUCAUUCGAUGAUGCCGUUACACGAUUCUACACUGCCUGUGUGCUGGAGGCUUUUGCCUAUUUACACAGCAAGGGAGUCAUUUACAGAGAUCUGAAGCCAGAGAACAUCAUUCUCAACCACAGAGGUUAUGCUAAGCUGGUGGAUUUUGGCUUUGCUAAGAGAAUUGGAUUUGGGAAGAAGACCUGGACCUUCUGUGGAACUCCUGAGUAUGUUGCCCCCGAGAUCAUCCUCAACAAAGGUCAUGACAGCUCUGCAGAUUACUGGUCCUUGGGUAUCCUAAUGUACGAGCUUCUGACCGGCAGCCCUCCAUUUUCUGGCUCUGACCCGAUGCAAACGUACAACAUCAUCCUGAGAGGGAUUGACAUGGUUGAGUUCCCAAAGAAAAUCACCAAAAAUGCGGGCAAUCUCAUCAAGAAGCUGUGCAGGGACAACCCUGCUGAGAGACUCGGCAACCAAAAAAAUGGAGUAAAAGACAUACAGAAACACAAGUGGUUUGAAGGUUUUAACUUUGAAGGGCUCAGGAAAGGAACACUGACUGCAGCCAUAGUUCCUAGUGUGACAGGACCUCUGGACACCAGCAAUUUUGACACCUUUCCAGAGGAAGAAGAGGAGGAACCUCCUGAUGAGGAUUCUGGAUGGGAUGUAGAGUUUUAGAUCCAGACCACUGCUCAUGGAGCUGGAGAGAAACGUGCAAACUAGUCUAAAGAGUGAGCACAAAGCUGAAACCUUGGGAAGAGACAUGUCAAUUUGAUGUAAAUAAAAAUGUUAAGCAUUAUUGUAAUAGAAUAAAAGGGGAAAGUCAUGUUGUGGGGGUCCUGGUGCUGGUUUUGGGCCUUUCCAAGUAAACAUAAGAGAAUUAACGAAAGCAAAACUUGACAUUUCGAACAAUGUGCUCUCUUAGUCGCGAUCCCUCCGGACAGCAUCUUAUCUUGUCCCUCAGCACAACAGAUCAUUUCUUAAACAGCAUUAAAAAGAUUUUCUUCUUCCAGCUGGAAUCUACUGUCCUUCUCCCUCCUCCUCUUAACCUGAAAACCCAGAUAACUUAUUUAUCGGAGCCACCUUUAAUAGUUCAUGAAUAUCUUGAAUUUACUCUCACACCUUCACCCACAAAAAUCUGCAUAUGCAGAAAAUGAGAGUGGAGAUUUUAUUUUUCCAUGAUGACUACUGUUUUGAACCGUCUCCCUCAGUGCAAACUGUACAAAGAUGUUACUUUUCAAUUGAUGGCAUUAACGUGAUUGAUAGCUGUGACGGCAGUGCAGUCAUGACAACUGUACAGCAGGUCACGGAAAACCUGGUGUAAGUGUGUUGCUAAACCCGAAACACUAACAUUGGUGUUUCCCACCCCCCCUUCCUCCUCACACCUGCUUCUCAGAGGAUAUGGGAGAUCAGGGAGAUUUCCAGCAACAAGUGCAUGUGGCUGCAGCUCCUGAGAGCCCACAUUAUGGAACUGGAUAGUCCUCUUCCUCUCAACUGCUCUCAUCAGCCUGCCAUAUACAGAUGUUGCACAGCUGAUGCAACAAAUUUGCCAUGGGAUGUAUUGACAUGAGUGAAACAAGUUAGCAAUACAGAAACCAAUCGUGAAAACUAGCUAAGUCCCCUGCAGCAGGAGCACACAGCUGCACGGGUAGUGUGUGAAUGAUUUGUAGUGAACAGCACACAAGCAUUUCCUUCAGCAUAAAGUUCUUGCUACUUAUA